AUGAGUACCAAAUUUAAGUUACUGCUCCUGCUGAAUGCCGUAAAUUUAAUAAGCUCGGCUAAAAUCCUAAUGGUUUUUCCGACGCCCGCGCCCAGCCAUUACUUCCUGGGAAAAUCUCUAGCCAAGGGCUUGGCCAAUGCAGGGCAUCAAAUUACCAUGGUAAACGCAUUCGAAGAAAAAAGUGAAAGUUUCCAAGCAAUUCGUCUGAACGGAAUAGAAACAGCUAUAAUGAAUGCGAAUUUAUCAUCUUGGCAGGAACUUCCUGGACGAGGAGUCCUUGCAAUUGAACUCCAAUUGAACACCAUCGGCCGCAUACUAGUCGAUUACACAAUGACUCAUCCGAAGUUCCAGAAAUUACUGCGUUCAAACGAGAAAUUCGACCUGGUAAUUUCGGAGCAAUUCCUCAACGAAGGAUUAUUUAUUCUAGGCUGCCAUUUUAAAACUCCACUCAUAUCCUUUUCAACGAUGGCAGCUACACUUUGGACUAACGAAAUAGUGGGGAAUCCUUAUCCAUUUUCUUACAUUCCAGAUUUUUCUACUGGUUAUUCUGAUCGCAUGAGUUUAUGGGAAAGAGUUAGGAAUACUAUGGUGUCUCUAACUAGGGUUCUGGUUAGGUAUUAUAAAUGUCUCCCAACGCAAAAGGAGCUGGUUAAAAAGCAUUUUCCCCAAUGUUACUCUCAGUACGAAGAAAACUUAUACAACGUGUCUCUGGUGCUGUUGAAUUCCCACGAAAGCGUCAAUUAUCCUGUACCUACGGUUCCCGGAAUGGUGCAAAUAGGGGGGUUCCAUGUCCAGCCUGUGCAGAAGCUGCCCGACGAACUGCAGAGGUUUAUGGAUGAGGCUGAAGAGGGGGUUGUGUACUUCAGUUUGGGCACGAACGUAGUGUCUUCAGCCAUCAGCCCGGAGAUCAAGGGGGCUAUAAUGAGGGCCCUCGGGAGAUUGAGGCAGAAGGUGAUGAUGAAAUGGGACGAGGAUUCCGUUGAAGGGAAGCCGGAUAACGUGAUGAUAAGGAAGUUCUUUCCGCAACAGGAUGUUUUAGCUCAUCCUAACCUCAAACUAUUCGUAACUCACGGAGGUUUACUGAGCAAUUUCGAAUCUGUUUAUAAUAGUGUUCCAGUAUUGGUUUUGCCGGUUUUCGGAGAUCAAAAAUUUAAUGCAGCCAAAAUUCAAAAUGACGGUUACGGUUUGUUCAUAUUAUUCAAGGAUCUCACCGAGCAAAACUUUUACGAAGCUAUGGAAAAGCUACUUAACGAUACCAAAUACAGAGAUAACGUGAAAACUCGAUCGAAUUUAAUGCGUGAUGUGCCAAUUAAACCCAUGGAUUUGGCCGUUUACUGGGUGGAAUAUGUUAUAAAACACAAAGGGGCGCCCCAUUUGCGAAUUGCCGGGCUCGAUUUGACUUGGUAUCAGUAUUAUUUACUUGAUGUAAUAUUCCUUAUUACGUCCGUCUUCUUCCUUGUAUUACUAUUUAUUUAUUUCUUAGUAAAGUUAUUAUUGAACGUUUGUGUCAAAAAUAAUAAAUACAAAACCGCCUAA